GUCGUCACAAACGUUUUUAUAAUACCGCCAGUGGUGUCGUCAUAUGAAUCGACAUAAUAUUCACUAUGACGUAUAUGACUAAGCAUUCCGACACAAAUAAACCCACAAACGGAACUUGCUGGAAGUCCUACGCUUCAGAAUUCACCAGAUGUUUUGGGCCUUUUGAAAUGGGAAAUUAACAGGAAUCUUUAUUGCCAGUGAAUACAGGACUGCAGGAAGUAUGUACAGUUUUGAAGGAAAAUUUCGAACGACGCCAAAUGUAUCUUUAGGUGGUAAAAGCAAAGAGGAUAAAUUGAACAAGGAAAGACUUCUGCAAAAAGCUCAAAAAGAAAGACAAAAACGAGAGGAGAUUCGUCGGAGAUUACAAAGCGCCCUUGUUCUACAAUCAUGUGUUCGUUCAUAUCUCGUACGUCAAAGAUUGAAAAAUGAUUUACGAAUACAGUUUGAUCAAGAGCGACAUCGAGUGACCAACAAGAUAGGAAAUAUCAAUGAGCUGGUGGCGACGUCUCGUUGGUUAAAAUUUUUUUACGAACCAAGCAUUGAUCAUGAUAGAUUGACCUGGCUGGGUCAACUUUUACUUCGCAACAAAGAAGACUGGCUGAAGAAUGACGACUCAAGUUUGUUUCAAACAGCAGGAGUUUUAAAGCUCUGUUGCAGAUGCUUGUCUUCCAUUGAUUCCACAACUGCAAUCGCCAUCCCGAUGAGAGUCUUAGAAACAUUCACUUCGAAUGGUUUAGUGGGAUCAAGUCGAAAGCUGGAGAAUCAUGAAACAGAGAUAUGUUUGCUGAAGUUAUGGAACGCUCUUGUUAGAAACGGAUAUUUUUCCUGUAUUCAACAUUUGUUGACGAUACGUGUUCCAUCGGAUAUACCACCAGAAGGGGAUUCCCCAAUACAUCCUCCCACACACCUUGCUGGUACAUUACUGAAUCUGCUGACGAGACCUAUAAUCGUAGCCGGACAAACUUCAGAUUCUCAGCCAUCCCAAGACACUAUGGACUACUCGGACCCUAUCACAGAACUACAAGCCGUCAUACUCCGAACAUUUAUAUCAGAAGUUUUAUGCAAACACCCAACUUCUCAGAUGUACCAUUACGUCUUCCCUGCGUUUGCUGUAAUCGAUGAUUUUCCUACUUUCAAAAUAUUGGAAACUGUCAGAACUAUGUUGCCAGAUUUGGAUUUAAAAUCACCAGGAUUGUUGCCAGCUUUGGUGAAAUUUGUUCAUCCUAAGUUAGAAUCUGUGCCUGAAAGAACGUUUUCUGGGUAUCUCUACUGCCUCCAGUGUCUCUUAACUCAUCUUCCAAGAAUACGUUGUCAUGACGAUGAAGAGAAUGACUAUGACUCAUCAGACUCUGAUCAGGAACUUGAUGCUGACUCCGCAGAAAAUAGAAUGGAAACAUCAACCAAUAAAUUUCAGGGCGAUGUCAUUCCGUUAGCUGACCUAGUAUCGGAUUGCCAUUCAGCUCUCACAUCUCGACAAUUCACCGAUGCCUGUGUAGGACGUAGAAUCCACGAACAAUCAGGAACGGAGAGUUUGGAUUCGAUCUGUGCGAUCUGUCAUCAUUUGAUCGUUGUUACGAAAGUUUCUGUGCAGAAGAACAGGCUCCUGUACACUCUUGCAUUCUCAUCUUCCUUCCUUCGUAAGUUAUGGCAAUCAACAGUUUCUCUGACGUCAACAAGUAAAGUAACAGGGAAAAGUAUACCUGUCGUCCAACUCUUAUUCGAAGGAAGCCAAAUCUCAGAAUCAAAAUCGAUCGCAAUUCGAUCAAAACUUGUUGUUUUCUGCUCAUUGUUUUGUCACAAUCUACUUUCUGUUCAUGACACGGACUUUUACAACAUAACACAAGGAUCAAGUCGACAUAUGGCGUUUACCGUGGCAGAGUUGGUUUCAAUUGCACUUACGAUACGCGACGUCUGUCUGGCAUUGAUCAAACAAGCUCUUCCUGAAACCAGAUCAAGAUUUGGAAACUUUAAUGCAAAAAAUGUUCUGCAUGCAUUAUCAUUCGGACAAACGAUCAGACCAGAGAAAUUUUCCGGGAGCAAAGAUGUUGAGAUUGGGUUGAGUGAGAUCAACGACACAGUGUUUUUAUUCACAGUCUGCAGAAGACUGGUGAAGCAGUUGCACACGCGGGAUUCACGUCGAUCUUUCAUUCCAAACAGACAUUGGCUUUCAAACCUAAUCUAUGUCAAGAAUGAUCAAUCGAAUGAUUUUGCUCAACGUUGGUAUCGGAGAUCUGGAGCAAACAGCACAGUUGCAGCACAUUUGGCAAAUACCUCAGAUGAAGACAUCAUACUAUCAGUAACUGAAGCCAGACAACUUGCUGUCCUGAUGAAUAUUCCUUUCGUCAUCCCAUUUGACACAAGAGUUUCUAUAUUCACAACAAUGCUACACAAGGAUCGGGAGAGUCGUGAAACUCACCGGGAUCGUAUCAUGGAAGAGGCGGGGUUUGGGCAUUCAAGCAUGACAAAUGAAGUCACGGUCCGACGAGAAUUCAUCUAUGAAGACGCUUUCAAUGAUCUAUCGGAGGAAAACGCACCAGAUUUGCGUAAAAGACUUCGAGUAACUUUUGUCAAUUCUGCUGGGCUUGACGAGGCCGGAUACGGUGCAGGAGUUACACGAGAGUUUUUGCAGCAAGUUGUGAAAACAGGGUUCGAUCCAACGAGAGGAUUUUUCAAAACGACAGCUCAAGGAAGGCUUUAUCCGAACCCACAUGCAUCAGCAAUCACACCGAAUGCAAACUCUCAUUUCCAUUUUCUGGGUCGAAUGUUGGGAAAGGUUCUCUAUGAAGGAAUGCAGGUUGAACUUCCCUUCGCUUCGUUCUUUCUCUGCAAAAUCCUUCAGCGGAAAAACACUGAUGUUGACAUCAACCAUCUGCAAUCACUGGAUCCAGACUUUUACAGAAACCUCAUGUACCUGCAUGACUAUGAUGGAGAUGUUUCAGACCUCGCUCUCAAUUUUACUGUUGUUGACGAAACACUAGGUGUCACUAAAGUGAACGAAUUAAUGCCGGAUGGAAUAAAUACGCCUUUGACGAAUUCAAACAAAGUUUUGUACAUGCAUCUAAUGGCAAACUUCAAACUAAACAUACAAAUGAGAAGCCCUUGUCAAAGCUUUCGUCGUGGUCUAGAGAGCGUAGUCACGGUUGAUUGGUUACAGAUGUUUGACCACGUUGAGUUUCAAACUCUGGUCUCAGGCGCAGAAGUUCCGAUAGAUAUUGAGGACCUUAAGCGAUAUACUACCUAUUCAGGAGGUUACUCAGCUGAUCACCCUACUGUUGAAUCAUUCUGGGAAGCCCUGAAGGAACUCACCAACAAUCAACUCAGCUUGUUUUUACUAUUCGUUACCAGUUGUUCUCGGCCACCUUUGCUUGGAUUCAAGGAACUUCAACCUCCGUUCUGCAUUCAGCGAGGAGGUUCAGAGGAUCGUCUGCCUACGGCGUCUACUUGUCUUAAUUUGCUGAAACUUCCGGAAUAUCACGACUCGGAAACUUUGAAAUCAAAGUUAAUUUAUUGUUUGCAAAGUGGAACAGGAUUCGAACUGUCUUAGACUUCUGUUCAACCAGUGAAGCAAUUGCUGUAACAGCUACAGGAUAGAUUUGCAACUUGGGACUUUUUAAAGUUUCGUCAUUUCACACUUCUUUAUUAUAUUUGACCUAGACUAAUUUAAGCUUAAAAAAUAUGUAUGAAAUGUGCUGCAGUGUGAACUAUAUUUCCAAUCAUAAAUAUUCCUAAAUUGCAAAAUGGAGUUCCCUACAAAAUGGAUUGACUCUGCCUGAGAAGAGGAUAACUGCAAAUUUGGUUAAUACAUUUUAUUACCUUGUAACCAAAGUACAAAAAUUACGAUUAUAAACCUCAUGAACACGCCGAAUAGUUGAACUCAAUAGUUUACAUGUGGAAUUGGCGCGGUGCCCCUACAUUGUAGUUUCCUUAAAGCCGACCCUGUCGAGAAGUAAUUUCAAAACAAUCUCAUCUCUGGCUUCCUAGUUGAGCGGAAAUGUGAACUUUUGGAUUUAUCCUUGACGCUGAAAUGUCAGCAUAUUCCACCUUUGUUAGUUCAGCUUUUUAUCUCGUGAUUAUAUAUUUGGUAUUGUUUAAAUUAUAUGAAUGAAAUGUAAAUUU